GCUCGCCGUAACUCGGUGUGCGAAGCGAAAACAAGUAUUUCGAGAUUAUUGUUGGAGCGGUGGGCAGUUGUUGAUCCGCGUGAUUUAGCGUGAAGGCAUGCGACGCCGUUGUUUUUGUUUGUAUUUUUAUUAUUCGCCAGUCCCUUUUUAGCUGAGCGCCAUUUUUACAUGCGCCGCCAGCGCCUUUUUAGAAAAUGUGUUUUUCAUUCAUUUUCAAUGUUGUUCGUAGAUAACUGAAAAACAGAUAUUUCGUGGCUGUUGCGUUAUUUAUAACUGAAUGUUUCAGAUUUCGCCAAUUGACAACGGUGUUGGUCGAAUAAUUUUCAAAAUAUUUUUGCUCACUGGCAGCAUUUUGUCUGCUGCCAAAGGAUUAGUCAUGAAACAGAAGAAACAGUGUAAUUUUACAAUUUCGUCAGUUUCAAAAUGUUUAAUUUUGAAUAAUAGGUCAAGAACACGAUGUUUGGGUUCGAGAUUUAUUCAUCGCCGACUUCUCUCCAUUUUGAAUUCCACUUUUAAGGGAGAUGACGUGUUCCAAAUAGAACAAGUUGUGGAGUCAAUUGCCGUGAAGGGUAUCGAAAGGAACAGCGCCAGUGUCCUACAACUCCAUUCCAGUUUUACUUCUGUCGAACCGCUCAGCCUUUUGCCUUACGUAAGGAAUUUUUGGCUUCCGAUUACAGACGUUUCGUCCGAAAGUUUCUGUCAUUAACCUGACAAUGUCAGGGGUGCCUCUCGGCAGCCAGAAAUUUUUCAAUGGCUAUUUUUUGUGAUGAUUAUUUUGUAAGUUUUUUGUCUGCGCAUUAUAUAGACGGGUUUGGAUGCGUGAGUCAUGGAAACAUUAUGGGAGAAAUGCAAUUUCUAUAAAGAUUUGGGUGCGAAGCAGUUUUUCUCUAUGUUGGCAAUCCGCCCGCUUUUCUGUUUAUUUGUGAGGGCGGGCCACGUACGACGUCAAUCUGACCAUUCAUUGGGAACGGAUCUUUUUAUUAAGAAAGAAAGAAACUACCUACCGGUAAGCUGUCCGUUUUUGGACGCCCGUGGCCUAUUGCCCAUUUAUUUUCAGACUUGGGUGUUGGUUGCCAUUGCCCUGGUGUCCGUGUAGACUGCUCGGCAUUCGCUUUGGUCCAAUGAUUCCCUAUCUUUUGGCAUGACAUUUUGAAAAUCAAGUUUGAAAAUCAACUGUGGAUAUAUUCUUUUAAUAUUACAUCUUUGGGAAAUCUUCGCGUUUUUAAUGGGCCGUUCAGUUUCGUCUCGUUGCUUUUGGGGAU